AUGUUUGAAUUCAAAACGCGGCUGGCCAAGUGCCAACUUGGCGCCGCGUUGACCUCCUUUGUUGCCAACUUCUUCCUCUUUAUCGCAACAAUUACACCUGCUUGGCAGGUGAGGAAUGUUGAGAUGGGUUUUUAUUUUGAUGAAAUUUUCUAGGUAGCUGAAGAUUUGGACGCUGAUCGAUAUGUUCAAUCGGGACUGUGGUUGUACUGCCCUGGAGCUUCUCAAUGCUGGUACAUUUUCAGUGACAGCCUCAUCAAUUAUUAUGAAAGAGUGAGUUUCCCCAAUUUCGAGCAUGUUCAAAGAAUUCCCAUUCCAGUAUGAAUUAGGCAAAAGUUCUUCAUUUUGAAACAACUGAUGAGCUCAAAAAUAGGAAAACUUUCCGAACAUUAUCCCGAACAAGAGGAGAAAUAAUCGGAAUCCAACUGGUCGAUAAGCAAUCUUCAAACUUUUUUUUUCAGGUUGAUGUUUGCCGCUUCUUUCUCAUUGGAGAUUGUAGAAAGAAGCUUCUUCGAACGCCUUACUUUUUUGGUAUUCUAUUUAUUACUUCUUCAACACGAUAUUAACUUAACAGGCUGGCACUACGCCGUGUUGAUUCUCAACGUCUGCGCGAUGGUUUUCUUGCUUUUUACAACUCUUUCUGCUCUUGUUUCGUACUUCAAACCUUCAAGAGCUCGUGUAGCUGCGAUCGUUAAUGCUAUCUUUGCAUUUGCUGCAGGUGAACUUAUCUGUUCUCAUAACAUUGUUUGCUGAUUUUAAGGCCUUUUCCUAUCGAUUUCUUUGAUCGUCUUCAUGGUGAACGCCGAGAUGCUGGAGUCCAAAUAUCUCAUCGGAAUCAAAAACACGUUUGAGGUAGACUAUUUCAAAAAGACUCACAAAGAUCGGACAUUUCAGAAAUAUUAUGGAUACUCGUUUUACUUGGCGGGAUUGUCGUUGUUGAUCAUCAUGUUUUCUCUUCUUUUCGCCGUUAUGUUGAUCACCUACACCUUCUUCUUUGUAGAAACAGAUACUCUGGAAAGAUAUGAAGCAGCUCAACAGGUUAAUUUUUUUUUCGCGAUUGCGCUGAAUCCCAAAAUAGAGCAGAGUCGCUGGAAGUUUAUACUGCAAAGAAUUACAACUUUAAUUUCCUAAUCUUGCGUAGGGAUGUUUUCUUUGAGCUUUUGAGCGUGAUUUUCAAGCUGGAGGCUCGAAUUUCAUCAGAUAAUUUAUUCUUUUUCUAAGAUUGAAAACCCGCACCUUUACUUGGACAGCAUGUCUUCGCCAAUGGGAACCGCUUAUGCAAAGGUAAAAUAGUCGAACUCAAAAAUAAGUACAUAUUUUUCCAGUUGCCACCUCUAAGCACUGAGCACGGCUCCUAUAUUCCUCCAGCGCGGUCACCAAACGGCGAGUUUAAAUCUCAAACGCGAACCUUUUACAGCUAUUAA